CUGUCAUUGUGUGUGUGUGUGUAUAUUUUUUUGUUUUGUUUUUAUUCAUUAUUCCUUUAUUAAUCAAUCCUUCCUUUUCGCUUUUCGUUUCUAUUAUUAAUUCUAUCGGUCGAUUGGGUCGAUGCUCCUAUCGCCUGCCUAUCCUAUGUCUUAUGUUGGUUUAUUAGUUAUUGAUUGAAUAUUUAUUCUCUAAUAAACUGUUGAGUGUUGAAAUUACCUAGGUUAAUGUAGGAUUGAAGUAUAUGAACUGAAUUUUGCAGAAUAUUUUUAUUCAGUUUUUUAGCGAUGGAAUGUAAAGUUGAAAUUAAGAAAGAGGUUGAAGAGUACCAACAAAAUGAUAUACAGCUAUCCACAUCAAUAGAUGUGGAAGAUUUGAAAAAGGAAAGAGGAGAAGAUGUCCCAGGUUGUCGACAGGAUGAUAACAGAAUGAAAAUUAUGGAAACAACUGGACAUUCAUCUCCUAAACAAAAGACUCCAAGCAGAAACACUGAAGAAGCAACAUUAGAUAUAAAUAUGAAACUCCAAACCGGUGAAGCACCCUACAUGUGUCAUAUUUGUUUAAAGCCGUUUCGUAAAACCAAUACUUUAAAAAAGCAUAUGGUGAUACACGCUGAAGAAACUCCUUAUAAGUGCGAGAUUUGUUUUAAACAGUUUUGCCAAGUAGGUGAUAUGAAACGACAUAUGAGGUCGCAUACUGGAGAAAAACCGUACAAGUGUGAACGUUGUUUUAAGCAAUUUAGUGAAGCAAGUAAUUUGAAAGUACAUUUGAAAGUACACUCCGAAGAGAAGCCUUAUAAGUGCGAAGUUUGUUUUAAGCAGUUUUCUCAGAAAGGUCAUUUGAAAACGCAUAUGAGAAAGCAUACUGGGGAAAAACCUUACCAGUGUGAAAUUUGUUUGAAGCAUUUUACUCAGAGAAGUUCUUUAGAAAAUCAUACACUUAUUCACACUGGAGAAAAACCUUACAGGUGUGAAAUUUGUUUUAAACAGUUUUCUCAGGCAAGUAAUUUGAAAACACAUUUGAAAGUGCACACUGAAGAAAAGCCUUACCAGUGCGAAAUGUGUUUUAAGCAGUUUAGAGAAGUAGAUCACUUGAAAAAGCAUUUGAAAACGCAUGCUGAGGAAAAGCCUCAUAAGUGCGAAAUUUGUUUUAAGCAGUUUAGAGAAAUAGAUCACUUGAAAAAGCAUUUGAAAAGGCACACUGGCGAAAAACUUGACGAGUGUGAGAUUUGUUUGAAGAGUUUUAAUAAAAGUUAUUUAAAAAUACAUAUGAGAUCGCACACUGGAGAAAAACCUUACAAGUGCGAAAUUUGUUUUAAGCAGUUUAUUACAGCAAAUCAUUUGCAAAUACAUUCACGAUUGCACGUUGGAACAAAGCCGUAUAAGUGUGAAAUUUGUUGUAAGGAGUUUUGUGUGGCAUACAAAUUGAAACAACAUAUAAUUACACACACUAUAGAAAAACCUUACAAGUGCGAAACCUGUUUUAAGCUUUUUACUCAUAAAAGUUCUUUGGAUAAACACAAAAUGGUUCACACUGGAGAAAAUCCCUACAAGUGCGAAAUUUGUUUAAAGCCGUUUAUCAAUAAUAGUAAUUUAAAAGCACAUGUGAGAUCGCACACUGGCGAAACACCUUACAAGUGUGAAAUUUGUUUGAAGCAGUUUCGUCAUGCAUCACAUUUGAAAGUUCAUUUGAGAGUGCACACUGGCGAAAAGCCUUACAAAUGUGAAAUUUGUUCCAAGCAGUUUCCCCAAGCAAAUAGUUUAAAACAACAUUUGAUGAUACACACGGGAGAAAAACCUUCCAAGUGCGAAAUUUGUUUAAAGCAGUUUAUUAAUAAUAGUAAUUUGAAAGCACAUAUGAGAUUGCAUACUGGAGAAAAACCUUACCAAUGCGAAGUUUGUUUUAAGCACUUUACUCAGAAAAUAUCUUUAGAUAACCAUAAACACAUUCACACUGGAGAAAAACCUUAAAGUGCGCUCAUCAAAUUGCUCUAGUCCAGUGGUUCCCAACCUUUUAUGUCUGACGACCCACCUUAUGAUGUUUUUUAAUAUUCGCGACCCAUCCCUCACCCAUGAUGAUAGAAAAAAAAUAAGGAACGCGGUCACUGUACGCUACACAGCUACUGUAAAGCCGAUGCCGCACUGCAGGAAGUUUGGUAGGAUGGUGGAUGGUAGAUACCUGUCUGGCGACCAUCCAGCUACUUAUACCACGAGUAACAAAACGACGGUAGCCGCAGUGGCUUCCCACUACCAUCUAACCAUCCAGUGGUUCGCCAGGCAUCUAUCCACCCAAAUCAGUCGUGUUUGAUAUUCCAUCUGGGUAGCCUGGCUAUGUAAGAAAGCGUAAUAAGUGUUAUGUAUAAAAGAAGGGCAAUUUGGGACCCAGCAAACUCACUAUGUGACGAAACAUGGCUUAAAAUAUCUGUUUUAUUGUUCUUUGCAGUUGCAUUAAAAAAAUCCAAUAUUCAAGUCAGGUGAAUUUAAAAAACAAUUUGUAUUGUACCCUCGGAGAUCCGUGGAAAAAAAUUACACCCAAAAUAACAAAAUAAAGUUUGGCAACACUGUCUAAAUGUUGAUAGUAACAAGAUAAACAUAACUGUAAUUUAGUCCAGACAAAUUAAUAUAUUUUUGUGCCAACAAAAAUGAGACUUUUCAACCAAAUGAUGUUUCACAUAUGAUGUGCAAAAUAAUUUUGAAUUGGUUUCUGCUAAUGAGCUUGCUUUUUUUGCCAUUAAAGUAGAAAAAACUUUAAAAUUUAUUCUUUAUAAUAAUUAUCGUCCAGUUCUUCUCUUAUUAUUUUCACUGUACUAAUAUCCCUCGACUCAUUUACAAUGAUUAAUGCGAUAAUUAAAACAUUUUAUCGUUAGCGGCUUCUGGAGUGUCUGAGACAUAUCUUAUUUCAUUGAUAAAAUGCAAAGUCCCACCGAUUUCCACUUGAACUAUACCUUUAAGUCGAUUUUUCUUUACUUUCUGAAAAGUCUAGUAGUGAGUUUUACCUCUAAUAGGACGAUAAUGUGCUAAAAAACAAACCAAAUGUAACGUAACAAAUGAAACAAACGAUUCCUUUCUGACUUCAUUUCACUCUUUCACUGCGUCCUGGAUGCAGCGCCCCUCCACCAUCCACCUUUCAAGACACCAUCUAGCAUCUUGCAGUGUGGCAUCGGCUUAAGAGCCACGCCGCGACCCACCGGUUGGGAAACGCUGCUCUAGUCAGUACGUGUUCGGGAGCAAAAUUCUGCCGAACAGAACGAGCCCAUUUUCGGAGCAGGAUCGCUAACCGGGAAAGAUCAAAAAUUGAAUUUCAAAGUUCAAAACCGAGGAACACCGGGUGGUCAAUCGUCAAACGGGCCAUGGGAAAUUCUAAAUUGUUGAAUAAGGAACUUGCAUAAAUUUUUAAAUAUUAAAAUAAUAGGUUUGUUCCAAUACGACCGAGAACCGUCACGAAACGGUAACGCUCCUGCGCAGUAAACAAAAUCCGUUCUAACCAAAAUAUGAUCGUCAUCAGAUCGUCCCAUUGUUCCAACAAGAAUUGUGUUCUUUCAGUGACGGUUUCGUGAUGAUCAUUUCAGUAAUCGGGCAAAUGCAUGUGCUGGUUGGACUGACUUGCGCACUAGGAUUUAAUUCUUUAAAUUUUUUGACCUUUGCAAAUUUUGAGCCUUUUUGCAAAUCGAAAGCGGGAAUCGUGAUCGACUAAAAGAACACAAGCUGUCACCAACAAAAAUGACAAAUGAUAAUGAUAGAUAAAUCAGUUAUCAGUCAGAUAACCGUUACAACAUCGGUUUCCAAAUUACCGUCAUGGGACGAUAACUGGGCGAUACAAUUACGAACAUGCGCACAACAAACGGUACAAGUAGUUUCGUGACGGUUUCUGGACCGUCCAAAAGUUCAUGUUGGAACAAACCUAGUAUUAAAAAACAUAAGGUAACAUGACCUUAAAACGCUUGCAUGUAAAAAAACAAAUAUUUUUAACCCAUACGCUUAUUACGAGGCUUUGAAAAUGCUAUAAAAUGCAAAUUUCUUAGAAGGCCCUUGAACGUUCUCCUAUUGGUCUGACGUCACGGACCACAACCUACGAGUCUAGCCCGGUUAAACGCGAUUGGAGUAUUACGAGAAUUAUAUAUAACAUUUUAAUCGUAUUUAAUUGGAAAUUACCAGAUAUUUGUAUUCUUGCAUAGUUUUACAAUCAGUUUAUUUAGUUUCAAAGUGAAAUUUAUAAAUCCUUAGAAAUUGAUACCUUCUAAAGUGCUUAAAACGCAUAAGUAGUCAUCCUAUUACUCACGAGGGUUUUUAAAAAGAAAUCGAUUAGGCUAUUCUGGGGAUUGUAUAGUACAUUUUAAUCGUCUUUAAUUGAAAUGCUAAGGAUAAGUUUAAUUUAACUGGACCAACAUGGAGAUUAAAAAUACAAGAUCUUAAAUAUUUACUAAUUAAUGUAACAGAUUUUGCAAAUAUUGCUUUCGCUUAUGCCGAAAUCAUCUCCAAGAGACAUAAAUGUGUGUCCUGUUCUUUUUAAAGUUAAAAAUAGAUGCAUUGUUUGUGUUUUACAAUAUAUUUCUAUUAAUUGAAACGUAUACAAUCUAGGUCUGUAUUAUAACUUCAUCACUGUACACUUCAGAGACAACAUUUUAAAUUGUUUUGCUUCCUCUUCUUUCACAUCUCCAUCACAAGAAGAAUCACUUUCAUUUUACCAAUAGUCAUCACUACCAUUAUAUUCACUAUUACCUUCAAAUACAGAACGUCCUGAUUAACUUUUUGUGUCUUCAAAUAAUGUUUGCAAGUCUUUUAUAGGUGAAAUACAUGCAUCCUUAUUAUGUAUUUUCAAUGGCGACAACCCGACUGUAACACUCCUUUGAAAUUUAGAAAUUUACACUGAAUACCUUUACUUCUGAUUUUGAUGUGAGUCUGUGUUGAUGCAUUAUUCAGUUUUUGAGGUAAAGCUGGUUGGUUUAAUUCAGGUCCUGGUUGAACUAAGUUUGUGAAACUAGGAUCACACUGUCUAUUAUCAUCAUUGUCCUCUAGAACAAAGUUGGAUGUGGAAGCGGCAUCUUCAAGGAGCUGACGUUUAACCCUUUUAGGGGGCUUCUCUCAUGGGCUCAGAAAACGUUCGUUUUCUGUCUGGUUAACAAUCAAAUGUGUGCGGGACAAUACCUGACGUAAUAAUUUUGGGACCACCCAUAAUCUUGAAUUUAUAUAGUUAUCCAUGUCUUGUUCCAACUGCAACAAAUAAACAAGUUUAAGUUGGCACAUUUCAUGAAACGACAACUACCUAAUAUUUUUUCUUGAAAUAGAAAAUGUCUUAUUAGUAUUAGGUACCUAAUUAGAUAAAUACUCACAUCGAAAAUCCUCACAGACAUAAAGACCUUUGCUCCUUUGUGAAAUAUCCUUUUUAUCUCACCUGCAUGCCUUUAGCCAUUUCAAUUGACGUUUUUGGUUCUACUGGUAGAGUAAAAAAAUAUUUGUUGGAUGUUCUGACAAUUGUGCCUUGGCAUUUUGGCACUAUAUACAUAGUUAUAUUGCGCAAAUUUGUUUUCCAUUUUGAUAAAGUAUAUUAUACACUAAAUACAAUAAUAUAAACAACGAGCAAACAAGACACAACCAGCAAUGGCAAAAUGCAUUCAAUGCAAUAGCUCACCGAACGGGCGAACGAGAACACUGUGGUUGGUGACGUCAGACCCCAGCUCGCUCUUUUGAAGUUGUUUGAAACAGAAAUUUUGGGCGCGGAACUAUUAUCAGUUGUUGUACGUACACUAUUCAGUGUUAAGAUGUAAUAUUUUGAAUAUAACAUUUUUAAACAUUAAUUAACAAUUUAUUAAAUAAUAUAUAAUAUUUAUUAUAUAAUAAUAACAAAAGUCAUGAGAAACCAUUUGUAGGGGACUGAAAUAAUGUUAAAAUUGUUCAACGAAUUAAACAUAUCCCAAAAUUUUGCAAAAAGACAAUACAUUUGCCAGAGUAUUAUUAUUUAAACGUUAGAUAUUUGACCUCCAAAAAUCAUACGAACAAGCUGAAGUUUGCUGAGAAUGUUAAUUUUGGCACCCCAAAAAAUAUGCAAAGGAGUUUGCCACUCCUGCCCCCGGACUUCCUCCUAAAACCUCUCUCGAAGGGGGGAAUUCGAUUUAGCAAUAAUCUACAUGCCGGUAGAAAAAAAAUGCUUUAAACAAGAAAUGUAGCGGAGAUCAUUUUUAUCAUGUUAAUUAGCACUUUUGUGUAGAGACUAGGUACCGUUCUCUCUAAAACAACUGCUAUUGGCAUCUCGUCCUAAGCAAUACGCCCUCUGGUGGCUAUUGCAAUAACCGAGCUAAGAGUAGGGUUACCAUAAUUUAUUAAGGCCCAAUCCGGACAGGGGUAGUCCAAGGAAAAAAACGAAUUUGCCCUUGCCUUUUGACACCCCCAAAGUUAGUAUUAGUAUUAUCAGCACAAAGGCAAACUAUUUUUGAAUCAAUAGAGUACCUUUUAAUAUAUUUUAAAACAUGUUCUACUAAAAGAUCAGAUGUUUCACCCGGAUGUUCAUAAAAAAAAUAAAAGUUUCACAUUGAUACCUUUAUUUUGCUUAAAAUAACGAACAUAUACCGGUGUCAAUUUGAUCUCGUUUCUGUUUGAACUAUCAGUUGUAACCGUAAUAAAAUUUGCAUCUUUGAGAUCUGCGAGUAAUUUGUUAAAUAUGUUUUUUUUUUUUAAAUAUUUUUAUAUGUUUUAUAUAAGGCAUAUUGUCAUUAGAGACUUUGUUUAUUUAAUCACGUUUAAUUGUUGCUGUAUAUUCACGACUAAACUGUAACUUCAUGACUAAAAAAUAGGACAUACAAUAAUAAUUACAAUCUUUGGUGUACACUAACCUGAGAUAUUUUUUUCUUAUAAAGUUCACUAAAAUAAAACUUAUAACUAACAAAAUUGUCUAUUAAUUAAUAAGAAUAAACGAUAGUCCCACAAAAUAUAAUUAAAUUAAAAAAAAACACAGAUAAACGAACAAAACUAACUCAAAAACACAUAAAACUAAUGCAACAUACAAUACUUAAACAAUUACAAUGGCUCUUAGCUCGGUUCAAUUUGAUACCACAUUGGCGCUGCGAUCUUAAUCCGAAUCGCCAAUAAGCGAAUACAAUUUGCAUCAACUCAACAGUAAAAAUUCGAUAUCUUUUGAUUAGGUCGAUUUUAAAGCUGCUUAUGACAGUGUAUUAAGACCAAGUCUCUACAACGCUAUGAAUGAGUUAGGAAUCCCAAAAAACUCAUAUGUAUGAUAAAAGUGACAAUGGCGAAGAUGAUAUCAGCAGUAAAAAUUCAAAACGACUCGUCAACCCCAUUUGAAAUACAUAGGGGGUUAAGGCAGGGAGAUGCGCUGGCGUGUCAACUUUUUAAUGUAGCAUUAUAAAAAGUCGUACGAGACGCUAAUAUAGAUAGCAGGGGAAUAAUAUUCAAUAGAUCUGUCCAAAUUCUAGCAUAUGCAGACGACGUGGACAUUAUAACAAGAACCAGAGCGAGAACUGCGGAAAUCCUAACCGAGCUAGUAGCAGCAGCAGAACGAAUGGGGUUACAUAUAAAUCGAAAUAAAACAAAAUUCAUGGCGACUAACACAAACACAAGAGCUGGAAAUGUUGACGCAGAUCUAAUCAUCAAUGACCAAAACUUCGAAGCGGUCAAAGAGUUCAUAUAUCUAGGGACAUCGGUUAACUCCAAUAAUAACACAUCAGAGGAAAUAAAAAGACGAAUAAUAAUUGCAAACAGGUGUUAUCACAGUCUAUCAAAGUACUUAGCUAACAAACGUCUGUCUCAAAAAACUCGUAUAAGGCUGUAUAGAACAUUGAUAGUCCCCGUUCUCACAUAUGGAUCAGAGGCAUGGACGCUAACUAAAACAGAUGAAUCCGCUCUGUAUUUUUUGAUUAGUGUCAUAUCCACAAAAAUCAAAAUGCAUUUUAAAGGUAAAAAGGGCAGCUUUCGUAUCCAAUUUUUGCAUUUUGUCGCAAAUGAAGUCAGGUUCUAUACAGCUGCUAAAUAAAAAUUACGCGAUUUUUGUUAUUUUUAUGGGGGGUUUUAGGGGGAAGCCUGGCGGUAUGAGUGGCAAACUUUUUUUGCAUCUUUUUGGGGUCCCAAAAUUGACAUUCUCAGCAAAAUUCAGCGUGUUCGUAUGAUUUUUAGAGGUCAAAGCUCUCACGAUUACUCUGGAAAAUGUAUAUAUUUUUUAAAAAUUUUGGAAUAUGUUUAAUUCGUAGAACAAAAAUCUAAUAUUUGUUUUAAAGAGAUUUCAGUUCUCUACUACAAACAGGCCCGCCGCGAAGGCCGUACAGCCGGUACAUUUUACCGGGACCUGGCGUCAACCAGACCAAAGUCGUAAUUUUUCCCGUUUUUUUUUUUGCUUCUUCACUUUAUGUGUAGAAGAAGUUAUGAAUUUAAAUAAAAUACCGGAAUUAAAAACAAAUAUAAACUAAAUAAAAAAAAUAGAUCAACAAAUUUGAAUGUGUAUUGUCAUCGAUUUGGUUUAAAAUUUUACAGGUGCCAAUUACUACAGUGCAGUCUGAUAACUAUAGAUAUGGAUAUUAAAAAUAUAUCAGGGCUUCUAUACUGCGUUCCACGGUCACCUUUCAGUACAGACUCUUAUGAAGAACAGUGUUGCCAAGAGAUAUUGAUAUUUAUAUUAAAUAAAUUUUAAAGUAUUUUUAUACCUUGGUCUAUUAAAUUUGUCAGUGUGUAUGAGAAAUCUUGUAAGCUGUCAAAGCAAAGGGAGUUUAGCUUUGUGGUAGCGUGUUCGACCGGAGAUCGAGAGGUCGCCGGUUCGAAUCCGUUUGUUAUCUAACUUUUUUUUUAUUUUUAGCAUUGUUUUAAUAAAAAUUUUUGGAAAGUAGUAAGUAAAAAUUAGUUUAAUCUUUAAAUACAAAUAACCUGUUGAAAGUAUAUUUAUUUCGUUGAAAUCAUAUAAUAGAAGUAUAGCUUCUUAGGUGCGUACAAAGUACACGUGUUUUUUUUUUUCGUGGAAUUUAUGGCUUUGGUGAGGACCAAUUAGCCAGACUAUGUUAGAUUGUAUAAAUAGUUUGUGUAAAUUGUUUCAUAGUAUCAAACUUGAGCAUGAUGUAUUCAUUUGUUUUGUUAGUAAUAUGUAGCAUUAGUAAAGUGUAAGGUGUUUAAUUUUUUUUUCCUUCCGCGCUAGAGCAUCAACCCGGUUCAACGCCGCGGAGG